ACCAUUAUAUGCAAAACUUAGUCCCAAAGGACAAAAGUUUUUCAAUAGUGAGGACGUCAGACUUGUAAAAAUAAUAAAAGAUGAAGUUAAAAAGUUACCCUCUCUCUAACUCUACCAUUGGAAUUAGACUACAAAAUAGUCGAAACUGAUAGUAGUAGUGAAGGAUGGGGAGCAAUCCUUUUGGAUCAGAAUUAGGCGCUCGACUUCAGGCAAAGCCAGCGAUAGAGGCAACACCUCUAGAGCUAGGUCCUGUACAGAAGGAACCUUCAGAUGAAAUCAUGAAGACCACCUUAGCCCCACUAGCAGGUGGAAGACAAUUAGUUCCCCCACUGGGAAUUAAUCAAUAUUUAAUCGAAGGAUCCUCCUCAACUUCUACAUCUAUUCCAUUAAUGGAUGAUGCUCAGAGGUGUGAAGGAGAAACUGCAGAUGGGAUUCCACUUGAUAG